UUUUUCACGAUCGAGCAACGACCGAAACCAACCACCUCCUCUUCCGCUUUCUGGUUACAUCAACUCUUCCUCUCCCCAAUCUUCUCUUCUCUUCUAGCUAGCUAGCUAUUGAAACAAACAAACCAACAAAACAAACCCAAAGAUGAUUGUCUACGCAGUGAUUUGUCGUGCCAAAGAUGCCGUGGUGUUGGCCGAGCAUUCGACGGACGAUCUCAUGUCGGGCAAUGCUCCUCAAGUGACGAUUGCUCUAUUGCAGCAUUUGCGCGAUCAUCCGGACAUGAUCAAAGACAAGGAAAUGAAGACGUUUGUGCACUCGAAUGACCAAGAAGAAUCGGAUUUGGAUGCGUUUUGGUCGGACUUUUUGCACGUGUGUGCCAUGGAAUCCGAGGAAGUGGCGAACGAUGUCAUUAUUAUGGAGUACUACUUUCACUUGUAUCUCAAAGACGGAAUCUUUUAUACUUGUAUCUCGGAUGAUCCCGAUACACGUGAUCAGAAAGUCAACUUUGCCUUUUUACAACAAAUUCAAUCGGAAUUUACCAAAUCCACACGCUUUCGUCGCGUCAGUGCGGCCAACGCGUAUGCCAUGGACAAGACGUUUGCCCCCAAUUUUCGGUCUUCCAUUCACUACUACAAUACCAAUCACACCCAACUCUUGCAAGAUGACAAGAUUAAAUCGCUCAUGACAGCCGUCGAAGAUAUGAAGGUCGUCAUGGGACGCAAUAUACAACUCUCCAUGCAACGCGCGGGGAAUUUGGAAAAAAUGAUCCGACAAUCGGAGGAAAUGGAAGAUCGGACUCAAGUCUUUUACAAAAAGGCCAAAGUCGCCAAGAGACGACGCAUUCGGAAACUCUAUCGCGUCUAUGCCACGCUGGGAUUGAUGCUACUCACGUUGCUGUAUCUGAUUAUGGCCGUGGCAUGUGGAUGGAAGCUACAAUGUGGGCCACAGCAACAACAAAGUGGUGGUGGUGGUGAUGAUCCAUAAAGAUGUGUUUGUGGAACGCACGCUCAACAAUUUACUGCCUCUUGCCCCGGGGAAAUGGUUGUACGAACGAUAUCGUCAGCAGCGGCUGUCUUUAGUGCGAGAGAGACUUUGAUACGUAUCUCUUUCUGUGAGCAAGACCAACAGAUUGCACCGGUCCGGUAGGCACCGACCAGCACGCUUGUACAACAACUUACUACCACUACUACUAGAGUAGAAUAUUUUGCACUAUUGUAGCAAUCAUCCGUCGCCUUUCAAAAAAGUCUCCACCGGGCUCCUAUCGUUGUUUGCUCUUUGCUACGGUACGUGCACUACAAACUCCGGCGCUCGCA